AUGUAAAAUAAUUAUUGUUUGUUUUGUGAAAAAUAAAGAUUAGAAGGCACCAUUCAUUAUCCAUCUCUUUUAUAAACAGUAUUAAUUCAAAAUAUUAAAGGCACUUUAUUUAAAAUAUAAUCCUUAAGAUGAGAUGACAAUAGAUGAUCUCAUUAAACAUUCACAUAAGAAAUGGGUUAUAGAUUUUUAUGAGAAAUCUUCAGAAAUAAAAGAUGAAGAAUUUCUGAAUAAAUACUAUAAUAAUCAUGAGAUAACCUCGAAAUUAAUAGAUUUAACAGAAUACUAUAAAUACAGAUUGGAUAUACCUAAUUUGUUUAUGCUUCCAUUAUCGAAAAUGAUGAAGACUUACAAUAAAUUAAGAAAGUAUCAUCUUCAAUAUUUAGAGAGUAUCAUUACACAAAAAUCAAAUAUAAAUUAAAAAUUUUGAUACCUGAGAAUAGUAAUCAAGUUGAUGUACAAUUUACUCAAUUAUUACAAUUAACUAUGAGCAAACGAGAAGAAGAAUAGUAGUCUUUGAUUUCUCUCUUAAAUAAAUUUUAAUCCUAGCAAAAUUCAAAACCUAAAUAGAUCAAAUCUUAUACAUAAUAAUCUAGUUUAUCGAUAACUAAAUCAUAUUCGAAGCCCUUAAAUAAAUAAAAUGAAUAAGCAACUAAAAAACUUAAAUCAAUAUUAAAUGGGGAUAUUCGUUAACCACAAUAAUUAUAAAUACAGAAGAAAACCUAAUCCAAAUCUCAUCCCAAUCUCAAAUUUAAUACUCUUCAUAGUGUAUAUAAUACCUCAAAAAAGUUGAGCAUACAACCAAGUAAAUCAAAUCUCUAACCUAUUAAAACAUUGGGAUAAAGUAAAAUUGCAUCAUAAGCUGAUAUCAUUAGCAACAUUUAUUUAGAGAAAAGUAAUCCUAUCGUUAAAAACAGAUAACAAAGAAAAUUAAUUUAAAUAUUUUAUAAAUGAUUUUAUUAUUUGCAUUAUAUUUACUUUCAGUUUAAGCCAUUUACAUCUUACAUUCCAAAGGAAUAUCAAUCGAUAGAUACGAUUACUUUGUUAUUGAACUCAAUCAAAUUGACUAUAAAGUCAAAUCAUAAAUUGCCCAUAAUGGAUCUUUUACAAUAUCCAAACUAUAUAAUGAUUCUGCUUUAUAUGAUGUUUUCAUUCUAGAUUAACUGGUUAUACUUUCUAUUUAUAGGCUUAUUAUAAUAGUUCUUGGGAAACAGAAUGCUUUUUCUUGUUUAAUACAAGUCAAACAAGCUUAAAUAAUUAUUAAUAUUAGGAACAAUAUAUUGUAUCAGAUGCAGCAAGAUAUAUUAUUAUUGAUAACACACCAUUCCCUUAAAAUGGUGCUUUUUUUGCUGUUAGGUUAUAUUUGUAAUUAGAUUAUAUAUUAAGUAAUAGAACCUAUACCUACAUAUUAUUAAGUAACAAUAAAAAGUAUUUCAUCUAAUAAAAAUAAUAGUAACUAUUGUUUUUGUAGGAGUCUUGAUAUGUUUUAGGAUAUGGUGUUUGAUCUUAACUUUAAAGUAUCGUAAAGAAAUUUAACACAAGGAAUCCAUAGAAAAAAAUAAAUUAAAUAAUACCUUGUCACCAAAAAAGUAUUGUAAAUGAUUAAUCACUUUAAAUAUAUUUUGCAUUUCUCUUUUAUAAAAAAUUUGUUGCAUCAUUAUUAAACAUAAUAUUUGUGA